CGCUAAAACCCUAGCCGUAGCCAGCGCCCCGCCUCCGAGCUUUCCUCGCCGGCGAUCUCCCCGAGCCCUUCUGAUCCAGGGCUAACCGGAUUCCGAAUUUCCGGGUCGGCGGCUUCGACCUCGCUGCGAUGGCGGGCCGCGGGAAGAAGGGGGAGAACCUGGGCCGCGCGCUGAUCCGGCAGCAGAACAGGGCGGCGCUGGAGGCCAAGGAGCGCGGCGAGGCGCUCGCCUCCUCCCGCCGCCGCGCGCCGCCGCUCGAGUCCGUCAUCGACGUCGGCGAGAUCGACGCCGUCCUCCAGCGCGCCGCCGAGGAGGACCGCCUCCACUCCGCCCUCGCCGCAUCCGCGCCCUCCGACGUCGUCAUCGACCUGGACGCCACCGGGGAGACGGACGAGCAGAGGCGCCGGCUUCGGAAGGAGCACGAGAAGAUGCACGCCAGCAGCCUCGGGGUCCCCAGGCGUCCACCGUGGCAUAACCAGAUGACCUUGGAGGAGCUCGAUGCAAGCGAGGGACAGGCGUUCCUCGUGUGGCGGAGGAAUCUCGCGAGAUUGGAAGAGAAUGACAAGAUUGUCCUUACACCCUUUGAGAAGAACAUUGACAUCUGGAGACAGCUCUGGAGAGUAGUGGAACGCAGUGAUUUGCUGGUCAUGGUAGUUGAUGCCCGAGACCCAUUAUUCUACCGGUGCCCUGAUCUUGAGGUAUAUGCAAAGGAAAUUGAUGAACACAAGAGAACUAUGCUCCUUGUCAACAAGGCUGAUUUGCUACCUUUAAAUAUCAGAAAGAGAUGGGCAGACUAUUUCAAGGAGCACGACAUUCUCCAUGUUUUCUGGUCUGCUAAAGCUGCUACUGCCAAAUUAGAAGGAAAAAUGUCUGGUGAACACUCUGGAGAAGAUCCUGUUUCGCUUGAUAUGGAUACCAAGGUAUAUGGCAGGGAUGAGCUCUUGAUGAGGUUGCAAACUGAAGCAAAAUCUAUUGUAGCACAAAGGAAGAUCUCAACAGUUAAACAGGGUCAUGAAGCCAGUUCUGAUUCUGUUUCAUCAACGGCUAAGCAUGUGGUUGUUGGAUUUGUUGGUUAUCCAAAUGUUGGAAAGAGUUCCACGAUAAAUGCUUUGGUUGGCCAGAAGAAGACCGGUGUCACUCACACACCUGGUAAGACGAAACAUUUCCAGACAUUGAUCAUCUCAGAAGAGCUCAUGCUGUGUGAUUGCCCUGGUCUGGUUUUCCCUUCAUUCUCAAGCUCAAGGCAUGAGAUGGUGUCAUGCGGUGUCCUGCCGAUUGACAGGAUGACAAAGCACCGGGACGCUAUCCAAGUAGUGGCAGAUCGUGUCCCAAGAGAUGUCCUGGAGCAGACUUACAAGAUCACCUUGCCCAAGCCGAAAGCAUAUGAGUCACAAUCUCGGCCACCGACUGCAGCUGAGCUGCUGCGUGCAUACUGCAUGUCUCGGGGCCAUGUUGGCCAUGGUGGGCUACCUAAUGAGACCAGGGCUGCUAGACAGAUACUGAAAGAUUACAUCGACGGCAAAAUCCCGCACUAUGAACUCCCUCCUGGUGAUGAAAUGGAGCUGAGAGAGACUACUUCAGCAGCUGAUGAAUCAGCCAGUUACGACUCCAAUGAGCAGGAUGACGCAGCAGGUCCGGACAUGAGGCAUGUCUUGAGUGACCUAGAGUCUUUCGACUUGGCCACCGAGGGGUCUAAAGCCGCUGAGAAGAAGCAGCAGCAGGAGGCGUCCCACAAGCAGCACAGGAAACCCCAGCGGAAGAAGGACCGAUCCUGGAGGGUCGGAGACGAUGGAGGUGAUGGAACGGCGGUGGUGAGGGCGUUCCAGAAACCCACCGUCAAUACUCCUGCUGUUAGCGUGAGUGGAGAUGUUCAGCAUGACACCCCCACCGUCCUUACUGUCUAGACAAAUGCAAAAUCAAGAAAUAGAGUUACAUAUGCUUGGGCAUGGCGCCCUCCUUGCUACCCCGGAAACAGCCUAGGAAUGCAAAAUCAAGAAAGAGUUACACAUGGUGUGUUACAUAAUAUAGCUGAUUGCUCUGGCUGUGUGCCGAUUGCUGGAUCUGCUCUGGUAGAUGAGACAGACCUGAGUUUUGCAUGAUUAUGUGUAAAAAUUUGGAGAGAUAAGUCAUGCUUUGUCAUUUCAAUUCUUAUUGCCCCUGCAUAUAAUCUGGGCUGUGACUUCUGAUAGGCGUGGUCUCCUGUAAUAUUUUGACAGUCGACAUAACUACACAUAUGCAAAGAUCAUUUUGAUGUA